CUCAGGUCGGGCCGUGCUGAUAACACUUUGAACACAUUUUAUGUGGAGAGAUGGGAAUCCCGAAGAAAUGGCUCUAAAACACACCGUCCUUACGUUACUGACUCUGUUGGGGUCAGUAGCCGUUAGUUAUGCUCUACGGUGUAACUGCACCAACUGUGAGAAGACGGGCUAUGAGUGUGAGACAGACGGUGCGUGCAUGGCCUCCACAUACUACAUCCAGGGGAAGGAGGAACACAUGCGAAUCUGCAUCAACCGGGACAACCUGGUCCCUCCUGGGCAGCCCUUCUACUGCCAGAGUGCCGAGGGCCUGCUCAACACACACUGCUGCUACAUCGAUUACUGCAACAGUGUCGACCUCAAGGUCCCAGCCCCAACAAAGGAAGGGGGAUCCUGGGGACCAGUGGAGCUGGUGGCUGUGAUUGCGGGGCCCGUCUUCUUUCUGUGUGUGCUGUUGAUGGCAGGCGUGUUUCUGUUCCAAUAUCACCAGAGGGCCUAUAGCCACAGGCAGAGGCUGGAGGUGGAGGACCCGUCCUGUGACCACCUCUACCCGGCCAAGGACAAGACCUUGCAGGACCUCAUCUAUGACAUGUCCACCUCUGGAUCAGGUUCUGGUUUGCCUCUGUUUGUGCAGCGGACUGUGGCAAGGACCAUUGUGCUGCAGGAGAUUAUAGGGAAGGGGCGUUUCGGAGAGGUGUGGCGGGGGAAGUGGAGAGGAGGUGAUGUAGCGGUAAAGAUCUUCUCAUCCAGAGAAGAGCGCUCCUGGUUCCGGGAGGCUGAGAUCUACCAGACAAUCAUGCUGCGCCAUGAGAACAUUCUAGGCUUCAUUGCAGCAGAUAAUAAAGACAAUGGCACAUGGACCCAGCUGUGGCUGGUGUCGGACUACCAUGAGCACGGUUCCCUGUUCGAUUACCUAAACCACUACUCUGUAACCAUCGAGGGCAUGAUCAAACUGGCACUGUCAGCCGCCAGUGGCUUGGCACACCUGCAUAUGGAGAUCCUGGGCACUCAGGGUAAGCCUGGCAUUGCUCACCGUGACCUCAAAUCUAAAAAUAUUCUGGUGAAGAAGAAUGGUAUGUGUGCCAUCGCUGACCUGGGUCUGGCUGUGCGCCACGAGUCUAUCACAGACACUAUCGACAUAGCACCCAACCAGCGUGUGGGUACCAAGAGGUAUAUGGCGCCAGAGGUCCUGGAUGAAACCAUCAACAUGAAACACUUUGACUCCUUCAAGUGUGCAGAUAUCUACGCCCUUGGCCUGGUUUACUGGGAGAUAGCGCGCCGAUGCAAUGCUGGAGGUAUCCACGAGGAGUACCAGCUGCCCUACUUUGACCUUGUGCCCUCUGACCCAUCCAUAGAGGAGAUGAGGAAGGUGGUGUGUGACCAGAGACUGAGGCCUAAUGUGCCCAACUGGUGGCAGAGCUAUGAGUCAUUGCGCGUGAUGGGGAAGAUCAUGAGGGAGUGCUGGUACGCCAACGGAGCGGCCCGUCUGACGGCCCUGCGCAUCAAGAAGACUCUGUCUCAGCUCAGCGUGGAGGAGGAUGUCAAGAUGUGAGCAAGCCGGACAGCCAGGGGACGCACGCUGGAGACGCACAACCAGACCACACUCCCAUAGGAAACGGACACUAAAAACAAGACUGCAAAUGAACAAGCCUGCCAGUUUUAAAGCCACACUCCAAGUUGUGACAAGGCCUACCUCACCUUUUUAGCCAAAACUACUGAGAACCACCUUUCCUUCUCUUACUCACUUCCUACCGCACCCCACCGCCAACACACACACACACACACCACACCCAUCUCCCUUAUGUCUCCCUGUCUCCUCCCCUGCACCUCCAUCCUUCUGAUCCCUUCUCCAUGGGCCACAACACUACAGCACCACCACUGUUAAUAUCAUAACAUCCAACCUAUUUUUCCUUGUUUUCUUUUUCUUUCAUUUCCCAUGGCAGGAAUUCUUACUAUUGUACAUUGACAGGAUUUUUCGUUGUGAUUUUUUUUUUUUACCUCCCGUGAUCGACUGACCGCAUCAAGAAGACAUGUGUGGGUUACGUUAAUAUGUUGUGGGUUUUAUAUUAAGUUAAAGAACUAUACAGUUGACCUAAUCCCCUGAUGCCCUGGGCAGCCUCAUGCUCUGUUGUGUUGAGUGUGUGAGGAAAGGGGGAUGAAGCACUGUUUCCAAGACAUUUUUUGUAGUUUGUAAAAGGCAUCAAUUGUGUUGACUACUACAAUGUUUCCAGACUCCAGGCACACAGUUGCCUGCCAGAAUAACUUUGUAGUUCAUUUGAUGACGUGUUAUCGAUUUCCUUUUAAUUCAGCAUAAUCAGACAAAUUGUGCUUUUUCUCCCCACUUAAAACAGCCCACAGUUGGGGACGAGUUGCACUCAAUUGUAGCUUCCUCACCUCGUGUGACACCUGCAGGUAUCACAUGUUGGAUGUGGUCCGGUCCUGAUGUUGAUUUGAAAUGUGGCAGGGAUAGUGUUUGGGAUGAUUUUUUUGUUUUUGUUUGCUUUUUUUUAAUUUAUUUGUUGAUAGUUUUAUUCCACGUUAAUUAACACACUGUGAGAUGAGAUGUGAGGAGUGAGGGUCUUAUGAAAAUGAAUGUAUGAAUUCAGCCCCAGUCUUCGUGCAUAUUUAAGAAGUUAGGCCAGGGGUCAUUGCAUUCAUUCAGUAAGAUACUGGGUUGGAAUAUGGAUGUUACCAUAACCUCAUAGGUGAUGAGCAAUGACAUCAUGCACACUGAGCAAAUAACAGGCAUAAAUGUCAAUUAAAAAGUUUUGUUUUUUAAUAUAUUUUUUGCGUUUUGUGUAAAGACAACAUGAUGGGUGUUUUCUUUUGACUUUUAAUGUUAGACACUACUGAUGAUGGGUACAUAUGAUUUGUAUAUAAAACUUGUAUUUUUCCUUUUAUGCCUCAAGCACCAGUUUGAUGUUUGACCAGUAACUUUGUGUGAAUGGUACUUUUCAGAAAACUGUUGUUUAAUCUGUCUGAAUGGUUGCUAACUGUGCCAGGAAACGGGCCUGUCAGCCACUGGAUUUUAUGUUUCACUUGCAGUUUUGGGGGUACUACUGAUCCCAGUUCACUAUGUGACUUUUUAUAAUUUUUGGUGAGUUCUUUUCAGAACUCAUUGAACCAAAUCAGUUUUCAAGUCCUCUGGGGUGGUAGCCAUCUUCUAUCGUCGACACUGGAAUAUUUACUAUUAUCUGCCCUCCAAACUCUUAAUCACUAAUCUUAAUUCAGAAAUACAGACCAAUUAUCAUUUUGAAUUUCAGUUGGAUCAGGGCAACUUAUUGCUGGACGUGAAACGUAACGCGUCAUCUACUUCAGCUGACACACUGUACAAUGAAACCACACGUUGUCUUGCUAUGCCAUGGUCGGCACCUAUAUGACCACUUGUAAUGCGAAUCGGUUUGUGUUUGCAGACAAGACGAUGAAAGCAUUGCUCUGGUAUUUUGUCAUAAUUGGGCUCUGCACUGUUCUGCUCACGUGAACUUGGGCUGAUGUUAACAACAUUUACUAACACUUGAUGAACCAGGAUCUGCACAACCAGAAUCAAUGUGUCAUGGUAGUACCUUGUUAUGCAUGCUGUCUCAAACACUGGGGCCUCAGUGUCCACUGGGGUGGUUAAUUACAUUACAUGAACUGAGAAUUUUUUUUUAAUGUCCUUUUAGUUUGGAUUGUCGGGCGUGUAUACCCCAUAAAUGUCGCUGCUACUGUAACAUGGGUUGAGAAGUUGUGCAGGCAGAGUGUAGAAGAGAAGGUGCUCGGAGGGCAAUAAGAGACUCGUCAGGUGAACCAAAAUGUCAUAUACUCCUGUCCAUGUUUGGUUUGUUGCCAUGGGUAUUUUACCAUCAAACGUCCUGUUCAUGAAUAAUAUUUCAAAAAUCAUGUCAUGCAAGUCUUUUCAGGAUUAGUUUGAAUGUGUACAUAGAUAAUAUACAAUAA